AUGCCCGAGGCGCGAAAGAACGGCGAGUUCUGGGGCGCUACGCGGGAGGAGGAGGACGCGGCUCGCACGAUAGCGGAGGAGGCUGUUUUGGCGAUAGACGUGGGCACGGGCGGGUCCAAGGCGGCGGUGGUGACGUGGCAUGGUGCUGUCGUGGCUUCUGCGUUCUGGCCGCACGCUCCGCCACGUGGCGCGGAUGAUGACGUGGCGCAGGCACGGCAGACGGCGGAGCAGGAGCCGUCUGAUUGGUGGAGAGCGGCGACGGGCGCAGCUGGGGAGUGCCUGGCGCAACUGGAUGGGCGGAAGGGUGGGAGCAGCACCAAGGGGCGGAGGGGGUACUUGGAUGGGCGGAAGGGGAGCAUGGAUGAGCGGAAAAGGGGGAGCAGCGAGGGUGGGGAAGGGGAGUGGGGCGGAGUGAGUGGAGAUGGGUUGAGUGCGGUGAGGGUGGUUGGUGUUGCGGUGACUGCAUGGCCAAAUAUACGAGUUUCACAACAUCCCCUUCCUCCUCAAUGGUCUUCUCUCCCUUUACCCCGCCUGGAUGCUAAAUCUCCACCCAUCUCUCCCUCCCACCGAUCUUCUCUGCCCCCUCCGCACAGCGUGUUGGCGAAGCUGCUUUGGCUGCAGCGGCACCGGCCACAUGCGCUGAAGGAAGCUUCCUCGCUGCUCCUAGGCGCCCAUGCCUACGUGUGCAGCCACCUUAUUGGUCGGCCCGUCCGAGUUGUGGAUUGCACCACCCUCUCCACCACGGGCCUUGCCACGUGUCCAUCCACCUCUGGCAUCUCAUACGCUGCUGACCUGCUGCACUCACUCGGCCUCUCCCAUUGGCUGCCUCUUCUCCCUGAGAUCUGGCCGCCCACCCACCCGCACCUUAUCCGUGGAAGCUGCAGAGCGAAUGGGAGCACGCCACCUGGCGGGCAUCCCUGUGUUUCACUCGUGCGGAGACCUGGGAGCUUCUGCUGUGGGGUAAACUUUAUUGAGUUGACUGUUGACACCUCACAUCCUUUUCCACUCCCCCCUUUCCGCCCUCUCCCAUUCCCUCUUCCAAUCACUACCCCGACAGGUGUGGAUCAGGCAUACCUGGCGCGGAGUACAUCUAUCUCGGCACCUCAGGGUGGGUGGCAGGGUCCUUUCCCCUGCAACCACCCUUCCAACCAGCAACACAGCCACCCAUCUACCCACCCAACCAGCCGUCCGCACAACUCCCUUCCGGUCAACCGCCGUCGUGGUCUCAGGGCGUGUUCACCCUCGCUCACCCUGACCCCUCACUGGUCUUCAGAACAGUCCCACAGGUGGGUGGGAUGGAGUGUGACUGCCACGUAUGCCGCAACGAAUAAUAAUAAUAGUAAUAAUAAUAAUAAUAAUAAUAAUAAUAAUAAUAAUAAUAAUAAUAAUAAUAAUAAUAAUAAUAAUAAUAAUAAUAAUAAUAAUAAUAAUAAUAAUAAUAAUAAUAAUAAUAGUAAUAAUAAUAAUAAUAAUAAUAAUAAAAAUAAUAAUAAUACAAAAUACUUUUUUUUUUUUCCUAAGGUGGGGUUCCUAUUGCAUCCCAUCCCCCAAUCGCCUCCACCUUUCCCUCUCCAACCAGACAUCUCCGAAUCCGCAUUCCACAACGCUGACGUGGCAGCAGCAUCCGUGCCAGCUGGCAGCGGUGGCCUCCUCUACCUCCCGUUCCUAAACGGUGAUUCACAGCCACAUCGUCAUCGCGAGCGGUGUCCAUUCGAGGACCCCAACAUGCCGGCGGCAUUUAUCGGCAUAUCUGCCUCUACCACUCAAGCACACAUGAUACGUGCGGUCCAAGAAGGGGUGGCAUACGCGCUGCUGUCAGCCCACAUCGCCAUGCACACACACAGUGGAGGAAAGGAAAGAAGCAACCCUUCUGCCCUGCGCAUUGUUGGCGGCGGUGCUCGCUCGACAACUUGGGUUCGCAUCAUGGCAUCGGUGUUCAACCGGCCAAUCGACUGCCUCUCUGAUUCUCAGGAAGUAGGGGUGAAAGGUGCUGCCAUUCUUGCUGCCCAAGGUUUGGGGUGGUUCUCUUCCUUGACACCUUUGCACGGUGAAUGGACACGUAUAGAACGGUCAGAAGUCCCUGACCAUGCUGAUUCAACCAUCUACAACAAAAUGUUUCAUGCAUAUUGUAAUGGUGUGUAUGCUUUGGCACAAUGCUACAACAUUACAAGUAAUGUAUCACAAGAAGUAUGA